CAGUUCUCAGGUGAGCUCACUGCUCACCUCUAUAUAACCUGCAGGUGACACUAGGUGGUCACCAGUGGCUCUCAGGAGUGUCUCAGUGUCUCAGGAUGAAGUCAUUAUUGGUGAUGUUGAUGGUGAUGAGGGCGACGUCGGGGCUGGACAAUGGCCUGGCCCUAACCCCGCCCAUGGGUUGGCUCUCUUGGGAACGGUUCAGGUGUAACGUCGACUGUGAUAAUGACCCAUACAACUGUAUCAGCGAAACGUUGUUCAUGACGAUGGCCGACCUGCUGGUGAGUGAAGGUUUCCGGGACCUGGGCUACGACAUCGUCUGCCUCGACGACUGCUGGCUCGACCACGAGAGGGACGCUGACGGCAAGCUCCAGCCGGACCCCAAGCGAUUCCCUUCCGGCAUCAAGGCCCUGGCUGACUUUAUGCACGAGCGUGGCCUCAGGUUUGGCAUCUACGAGGACUUUGGCACCCACACCUGCGGUGGCUACCCGGGUAUUAUGGGUAACCUGGAGCUGGACGCCAACACCUUCGCCGAGUGGGGCGUCGAUUAUGUCAAGCUGGAUGGAUGCUACGCUGACCCCGUCGACAUGGACGCAGGUUAUCCCGAAUUCGGGAACUUCCUUAACAAGACGGGUCGUCCCAUGGUGUACUCGUGUUCUUGGCCCGAUUACCAAUUGGCUGCUGGCAUGACGCCUAACUGGUCGGCGAUCAUUGACACGUGUAACUUGUGGAGGAACUUCGACGACAUCGAGGACUCGUGGGACUCUGUAACAAGCAUCAUCAACUACUACGGCGACAACCAGGACGACAUCGCCCCCCACGCUGGCCCGGGGCACUGGAACGACCCGGAUAUGCUUAUCAUUGGAGACUUCGCGCUGAACCUCGAAGAGUCGAAGGCACAGAUGGCGCUAUGGGCCAUUCUGGCGUCUCCGCUAAUCAUGUCGGUGGACUUGAGGGCCCUCCAGCCGCAGUACAGGGCCAUCCUCCAGAACCAGGAACUCAUUGCUGUCAACCAGGAUGAACUAGGAAUACAAGGCACCAGAGUUCAGAAGGAGAAUGGCAUUGAGGUGUGGACGCGACCCAUCACCCCUGUGAACGAGAACAACCACUCUUUCGCUGUGGCUGUUCUCAACCAGAACUCUGACGGCACCCCUGCACAGGUAACGUUGAAUGGAACCUCCCUGGGCUUGACCUUCGCCGCGGGCUAUGAGGUCUGGGACCUCUUCACCGAUGUCCAAUAUGGCACCGUACUUCCUGACGACGGACUCACCCUCUCCGUCAACCCCUCCGGCGUCGUCAUCACCAAGUGGAAGGUCGUCACGAAUUAAUAAACCGAUGAUGUAACGAGGAUAUAAACAAUGGCGUAAAGAUUGGAUAAAAAAGUAGCAUCGAGAAUACUGAUGAAACAAUUGACGAGAAUAACGACGAAACAAUUGAUGAGAAUACUGAUGAAACAACAUUAAUAAUACAUAAUACAUUAAUGAAACUACAACAGUAACAACAUGAAUAGUAAAAUAUAUAAAGAAAAUAAUAUUUACAAAAAAAUUACGAAAAUAAUAUUCAUAACACUGUUUCAUUUAAGCUACAUGUCAUGUAUUGGAUUUAGUCUGUUUAAUAAAUAUGAAAAACUUUU